UAAUUUCUCCUCAAAAUAUGCACCUGCUUGGUUGACAUUUGACCUUAUGGAAUCGCCAACCUCGAUGGUUGCGACGAUGCUUUGCCUUCUCCCCCAAGAACCCAACGAAACGAAGUACACAGUCCUUUCUGCUUGCUAGCCUGAGUCGAAGAAUGUCAUUUUCACCAACAAUUAUGCGUUUUUAAGAUUGAUUUCCUUCUGAGUUUGUGCGAUUUGUGAAUCUAAAUCACCAAAGCAGCAAUGUCAAAACCUUCCCCAAGAAUCAUCCAUGGACUCCUCAGACUUCACUAUCGCCAACAUGUCUCCAAUUCAAAACCCUCAUCUCCAAGCACUUCUUCUAUCGCCUGCAAAAUUGGCAGCUCACUUGCAAGACCUUACUCAAAUGGGUUCUCCAACUCCACUCUUUUAAACUCUCAAAUCCACUCCAGCCCAUCUUUUUGUUCAAAUUCGACUUCUUCAAAUGGGGGUUUAUCUCAGGUUCUCUCGUGGGCAAAACCCAACUUCUCUUCUUCAUUGAGGACUUACCACCCGUUUGCUAAACAGAGUUGUUCCUACGGGGUGAGGCAGUUUUCUUUCAAAUCUUCUUCGAAUUUUGGCAAAACUUUCAAUGGGAAUUUUGCAAAAAAGGUGUUCGAGAAGCCUGCUGCGGCAGUUUCCUCUACUUUUUCGGGGUACCGUGAUGCUUUAGGGUUGCAAAUUGAUGCCUUCUGGAAGCGGAAUUUUCUCUUCCUGCUCGGUGCCGGAGGAGUUGUAUUGUGUGCUUUGCUUUGGAGGGUUAUGUUUGGUAUUGCAAAUACUUUCGUUGGCCUUUCUGAAGGCAUGGCCAAAUAUGGGUUCCUUGCCCUUUCUUCAGCCAUAGUUGCCUUUGCAGGCCUGUAUAUCCGCUCUAGAAUCACAAUCAAUCCUGAUAGAGUUUAUAGAAUGGCUAUGAGGAAGCUUAAUACUUCUGCUGGAAUUCUUGAGGUUAUGGGUGCUCCACUCGCAGGAACAGAACUUAGAGCUUAUGUGAUGUCUGGAGGUGGGAUUACACUGAAGAACUUCAAGCCAAGGCUUAGGAGCAAGAGGUGUUUUCUCAUCUUCCCAAUACGAGGGUCGGAGAGGAAGGGUCUAGUCAGUGUUGAAGUUAAGAAGAAAAAAGGCCAGUAUGAUAUGAAGCUAUUAGCUGUUGACAUUCCCAUGGCAUCGGGACCUGACCAGAGAUUGUUUCUGAUUGGAGAUGAGGAUGAGUAUAAGGUUGGCGGUGGACUAAUAUCUGAGCUGAGAGAUCCUGUUGUGAAAGCAAUGGCAGCCAGCAAGGAAUUUGAUGAUCUUGACCAAAUUGAGGAAGAGGAGGAUGCCGCAAGAGAACUUCAGGAGGCAGAAAGAAAGCACCGUGAGGAAAUUGAAAAACUUGAAAGAGAUGGUUGGCUGCCAUUCAUGCGGUGGGGAUCAUCUUUGAUGUUAAAUGGGAGGAAAUUUGGGAGUAUUGCCAAUGCAUGACCCCGACAGAGAGUGAUGUGAUAACACCUGAAGCCUAACUACGUCACAUGGUUAAGCAUAUAAAAGCAUUCCUGCAUCAAAUGCUGGCAACUGCUAGUGACCUGGCCAUGUUUGUGAAAAAGAGUUCUUACGUAACAAAAAAAUUAAAUUUCUCUCCUAUAGGAGAUUGAGAAUGGACAUCUUGCAUUUAAGAUUGUAGCCUUGCAGGAACCCUGACAGUCGACGAAAAUAGCAUCAUAUCAAGGUUGGCGAGAUCAUGCCUUGAUGCAAAUAGCCAACCGCCGCGGACCCACCUUUACUCCUUGUUUGUAUAUACUUCUUGUUUGUUUGUGAAAAUUAUUUCUGAAAAAUGGUGAUUUUAGGUAACUAUUAUUUGUCGCAGAUUUUUAAAUCACAAAAUCUGUUGUUUAAAAUUUUUGUAUUCCCAUUUGUAUUAACACAAUUUAUGAUAUUUCAAUUAUACUUUAUUUUUCCA